UACUCCGUACGGAGCAGUUAUAUAGCUUUCCCGCCCGACAACCGGAACUGCCGAAGCCACAGAUUGAUAUGGCCGACUCCAGAUUUCCGGCAAGAAUACCUCAGCAUUUCGAUAUGUGAGGUUUCAGUUGUGAUGUCGACAGGGAUUUUUCGCAGAGGCUCUGGUAGUUUUCGGGGGCUAUUAUCAGCCAUGGCCGCGCAUAACAAAUCCUUUGAAUGACUUCAAGGGCAAAACAGGUGGGAUUUGAUCGAUCCUUUAGGCUUUCGAAGUGGGGAGUGUAUCGAUAACAGGGCUAUUCGCAACGCACAUGCCUUCUCCCGGGCAGCUAAUUUUUUGUAGCUGAAAAGGGAGGGCCCAUAUCUUUGCCCAUAUUUUGCGGAAUCAUUUCAUCUCCCAGCUCAGUCAUAAACCACUCGAUAAGAAGUCCCGUUUCAACUUUAUAUUCCUUUCUCAAUCUCACAUCUUCCCCAAGCCCACACGCAUACUCUGGCCAUAGAACAAGGAUGCUCUUCAAACCAUGUCAAGGCCACCCCCAAUAAACAGCUCUGUGCAAAGCGCAAGCGACAGAAGCGAUGAUGAAGAACAUCCCGCCGCACCCUCCGCACCGCCCGCAUAUCCAUUUGUCAAGUUGAUGGCCCUCGAAAGGUUAGAUGAGAACGGAGAUGCUACGGGCAACGGUGGAUCUUGCGACAGCUGUGCGAAUGGCGCUCAGAAUGGGGAAUCAUUUCGAUUUGAGAGGUUUCGGGCCCGGAUGGCCCCGUAUCGGCCAGACGAUUUUAAAGUUGCGUAUGGCGGACACGUUUACGCCCAGUCGGCAUAUGCUGCAUCAAAGACUGUCGGGAAGGGUUUCGUUUUACAUAAUAUAACAGGCUCGUUCACGCUCCCAGGGUUGGAUGGGAUCCCCUUCACAUUUUCAGUGCGCCAUGUUAGAGACGGUUCAACAUACUGCCUUCGCGCCGUAGAUGUUUCACAAGGCCAAGGUGUGUGUUUCAGCGCUCUCUGUAGUUUUAAACGGGCAGAGCGGAGGUACAAUUUCCAGCAUCAACCAGUCGCAGAUAUCCAGGAGAGAUAUAAAGUCGUCCUGGCGGGGAAGAGGAUAGAGGACCACCCAUUGGCGCCCUUCGUCGACAGGGCAUCAUGGAACCCCAAGGUUGAAGAACGCAUAAGUGAAGAAUUGCAUUUCGCUGGCGUUGAGUCAAGGAAGGUAGCGAUGGAUGAAUACAAUGAAUCAGUGGAUGCUCGAAACCAUAAAGAUCGGUAUCGCCACCUGCAAUUCUAUCGGCUCUUGGGGCUACCUGGCCUCGAAGACGAAGCAGAUGCCGGCACACUCGAAGAGAUUCGGAAGGCUGACGAGGCGGGAGAGUACGAUAAUCUCUAUAUCUGUGCCCAUCUAUACCAGAGUGACCGCAGUUCGCUACUUGUCAUUGCGUGGGCUCACGACAUGGUCUAUGAUAUUACCAAUAUCGCGAGUCUAAGCCAUACCGUGAUCUUCCACACCCAUGGGCCGGCAUUGAGAAUGAUAGAUUGGGAUGCCCCUAAGGAAGCAGCGCGGAAGAAGUGGUUCGCGCUGGAAGCACAAACGAGUCGAUCAGGAGAGAAUCGAGGUCUCUUCCAAGCCCAGAUUUGGAGCCCUGAUGGCACGCUGGUCGCGACGAUGAUGCAGGAUGGCAUGCUAAGAGCUUCGUUUCCUAAACUUUGAACACCAUUGCUCCCUGUUAUAUUAGACUUGCAUAUUUCAAUUUAAAUUAGAUGGUGAAGACUGGAUGUUUUUCAAAUGCCAUUUCCUGUUAGUCUUUGGAUCUUUCCCGAAGUCUAACAAUUGAGAUAUUAGUUCCUGGUUCAAAUUUCAGACUGGUUGUAUCCUAAUCGAUUCGAGGGAGGGUCG